CAGAACGUUUUCAUUAUACCGCGUGAGGACGGAAUGCGACGAGCUACUCCCACGCAUGAUGAAACAACAACACAGGUCAAUGGAAUGCAAGAGCCCGCAGGGGCCAGUCCUCCAAAAAAUCGCGAAAACAAAGAAAGAAAGACACCGACCUAUUUGUUUGCGUUGGACGCUCCUGUUUUCUCACCAACAGUUAACAUCCCCUUCUACCUCUCUCUUCAUUCUCUCUCCUCCUAUGUCUUCUCUGCAAGCGAGUCGCCCUGCCACCGCCAGUGAGAUCCGGCUGCAACCUGCAACCGGCUCAGGCUGUCGGAGGAGUAAGCGAUUGCAAAACAAGCCUCAGGUUUCCUACGCCCAAACCGUACACCGAAAGCGCACCAAUACAACACACCCCGUGGGAUUGGAUCGGGAAUCUCCAAAACUUGCCCCCUCUAUCCAUAGCCUGACGGAGGAGAAUCUGCGAAGAUUGAACGAGGAAGAGAUGGCCACGAGGAAAAGGAAUGGCGAAGAGACCAGGACAACCACAAAGCGGACCAAAACUCAAAGCAAGCAAGCACCUAGCACCAAUGGUGGCUAUCGCUUACACCGUCUCAAUGUCGUUAACAUCUUCUUCGAUGAAGAUGUUCCUGACUACCUUCAAGCUGCGAUCGACAAGAUUGUGAAAGGAAAAGUUUCGUCCGAGGAGCGCCGAAUUGUGAUCCGCAACGCUGCUGAAAUAUUCUACAGUUCUUCCCGGGAGAUCAAUGAUGAUAGAAGUCUUGAGGUCGAGUUUGUUGGUCUUUGUCGUGAUGCGCUUCAAAAUAUGUCGAGACCGGGUAUCUCCCUUCGACAAGAAGCCGAUUGGCGAUGUGAAUUCAAGCCAGGUUUAUCAAAGGGCAACCCGAUUUUUCUAGACGCAAACAGGGCUCCCGCAAUCAAAACGCCUUGUCCGGACAUCACAAUUGGUAUUGGCGGAAAACUUUUCUCAGACUCUCUCACCUCAACGAUGCUCUCCCAAUCUCAGGCCCAGGAAUUUCUUCGAACAUUUCAGGCGGAAGACGACUCCCUAGGCCUAUAUGAAGAGAAGCUACUCAUAACGCUCAUGGAAAGUGGUCGCGCCUUUUUCCCGUUUGCGACUCUUGAAGCAAAGGCUUACUUGACUGGGAAGCAAGUCUCUGAAGCACAAAACCAGGCCGCCGUUUCCGGGGCGAGUGCCCUCAAGUUCCAGCUUCAUCUUACGGAGAUGGCCAAGAGCGCAGUCUCGGAGUUUGACGAUACUCACCAUCAACAUCCACUCUUCUUUUCCAUUUGCACUGAAGGACCCUACCAUGAGCUGUCGGCGUAUCUUCAACAUGAAGCUGGUCAAGAUCUGCAACGCAAUGCUGAAAGAGACCAUCGAAGACUUCUUCAUCGCGGUGGAUAA